UUCCAGGAAACCUUUGAAAAGGCAAGCUUGAGUAGCAGCAGCAGUGGUGCAGCUAGCCUGAAAAGUGAGCUUUCAGAGAACACAGACCUGCCCCCAGAAAGCUUUCAGCCUCCCUAUGUGAAGGACGAAGACAGAGCCUGUGAGGAAAUGCUGUCAGAUGACAACUUCCACCUGGAGAGUAUCGAGAAAGAUAUAUAUUCAGAGCUGGAUGAUGAAUUGGAUAUCUUGGAUAACACCAGUAGCUCCAGUUCCAGUCCCUUGAAAGAGUCUACAUUCAGCAUUUUAAAGAGAAGCUUCAGUGCUUCUGGGGGAGACAGACAAUCACAAACAAGGGACUUCCUUGGUGGGAUAGGAUCAAGAUCAAGACCAGCUCUGCUGCCUCUUGACCUGCUUCUGAAAGUGCCGCCCCUCAUGCUCAGGGCCCACCAUAAGGAGCUAGAGGCCGAGCUAGUGACAGGGUGGCAGUCCCAUAGCCUUCCGACAGCGAUUCUUCGCAAUCUCAAAGACCAUGGGCCACAGAUGAGUACAUGCUUGUGGCAAGCAUCUGCAGGAAUCGCUGUGUCCCAGAGAAAAGUACGUCAGAUCAGUGACCCUAUUCAGCAGAUGUUAAUUCAGCUGCAUAAAGUCAUCUACAUCACCCAGCUUCCUCCAGCUUUGCAUCACAAUUUGAAGAGAAGGGUUAUAGAGAGAUUCAAGAAAUCCCUCUUCAGCCAGCAGAGUAAUCCUUGUAAUUUGAAAUCUGAAAUUAAAAAGUUAUCUCAGGGAUCUCCAGAACCAAUUGAGCCAAACUUUUUUACAGCAGAUUACCACUUAUUAUGUCACUCAUCGGAUAGAAACAGCUUGUCCCUGAAUGACCAGUCAGAGCUAGCCACCAGCUUUGAUCUGGAGGAGGGAAUAACAUACGAACAGAUGCAGACUGUGAUUGAAGAAGUCCUGGAGGAAAGUGGCUAUUACAAUUUUACAUCUAACAGGUAUCACUCUUAUCCAUGGGGGACCAAGAAUCAUCCAAUCAAAAGAUGAAAGCUCUGCAUUUUGAAUGGACUUGGUUUUCCCAGUGAAGCUCAAGUUCUGGACUACAGCCACUACCACAGGAUGGCCAAGCAUUGGAAGUCACUAGAGGGGCAUGGAGGAGAGAAGAUCAAAAUGUCAUGGUGCCUGCAGGACCUUUUUCUGAAGGUCCUGAGUGUGUGGGGCAUGUGAGGGUGUAUGACAGUUACAGUGCUUGAGAGCUUCAUUCUCAGUACACAUAUACAAGGUGACAGGGCUAUUUUAAUGUGCUCUUGAGAGAAAAUGCUGCAAAAUUAGUGGGGGGAGACACUUUCAUAGAACUUUCCUGUAAAUUUUUUUAAAAAAAGAAAACGUCAUAUUUUUUCAAAUGAACAUUUUAUACUCAGCGUUGUUGAAACUAUAUUUAAAGGUAUCUAGCCUUCAAUGUAUAAAAAUUGUUUUAAAGACAAUUGUAGGAUGCAAAAUGAUAUAUUUGGUGAUUUACUGUAUCCCCCAAUUUUUUUAAUCUUAAAAGAAAUUCAAAAUAUGUGAUUUUUAAAAAAUGAAUGAUUGGUUCUCUCUUAACCACUUGGGUGCUAGUGGUCAUGAACCAUGAUACAAUGUAGACAGUAUUUACAACCUUGCACAGCAUCUGAGAAUUAAUUGUCAAAUUGUCAUAUUUGAGUUAGACUACUAGAGUAUAUUGAUGUAUAGUGUGUGUAUGUAUGUAUAUAUAUAUAUAUAUAUAUAAGGCGGAGGGAGGGAGGUUUUGACUAGAUUAAUGCUUUGCUGCUAAUCAAACUUAUAGUGUUUUUGGAGCACUUUGAAGACUUCACAGAAUCUAUAAAAGAUGGAAUAUUCCUAUUCUAAGUCCCCCUUGCUAAAAUUACCUAUAUUUGAAACAAAUGUCUGUUGUUUGGGAAUCUGAAAGAAAAAUGUUACAUAAUAAAAUAUAGAUUUCUUCCUUAUUCAUUGAGCCAGCACAAAGAAAGAUAUCAGAAUGUCAAGCAG